AAGCAGAAGCUCGCUCGUGCUGCACGUGAACAGAGCGAACGUCUGGUGACAGCGAUCCCGCCGCUGAUGUGGCCGUUCGGUCAGUCGACCCGUGGUGGACGCUGAGCCGCAGCCGCAGCGUUGUCACCGCCUUCAGCAGUGUUGCCGUCAGCAAGGCUACUCCCUGCAAGCACCUACCGGCCGCAGCCAUGGACAGAGGAAGGGGCCGCCUUGCCGCUGCCGCGUCCGAUGAGGUACGGCCGGAGUUAUCCAGCCCCAUGGCACUUCCCCACCUGCCGAAUCCGCCUCCGCAGAUCGAGGUCGACGCACCCGUGGCCGAGAGCUGGUGCUACACUCACGUGAGAGUGAUUAAGUUUUCCUACAUGUGGACCAUCAAGAACUUCAGUUUUUGCCGGGAAGAGACAGGGGAAGUGCUGAAGAGCUCGACAUUUUCUGCGGAAGCCAACGACAAGCUGAAGUGGUGCCUAAAGCUGAAUCCCAAAGGCCUGGACGAGGCGAGCAAGGACUACCUGUCCCUGUUCCUGUUGCUUGUAUCUAGUAACAAGAGUGAAGUUCGUGCCAAGUUCAAGUUUUCCAUCGUGAACGCAAAGCAGGAAGAGGCCGAGGCUGUGGAGAGUAAAAAGGCGUUCGCCUUUGUUCCUGGCAAGGACUGGGGCUUCAAGGAAUUUGUUCGAAGAGAAUUGCUCAACGAGGCCACUGGACUCCUUCCAAACGACAAGCUUACCAUCUCCUGCGAGGUAUGCGUUCUUGCUAAUUCUGUGAACAUCUCCGGACAGAACAGCGCCAUCCAGUUCAAGGUCCCAGAAUGCCGAUUGUCCAACGACUUUGGGCACCUCUUUGAGAGCCGCAAGUUUAGCGAUGUCAUCAUGAGCGUCAAUGGCCGGGAAUUCUAUGCACACAAAGCCAUCCUCGCGGCUCGCUCUCCGGUAUUUGCGGCCAUGUUUGAGCACGAGAUGGAAGAGAAGAAGCAGGGUCGAGUGGAGAUCACAGACAUGGACCAUGAGGUGCUACGUGAAAUGCUGCGGUUCAUUUACACUGGCCAAGCACCCAACCUUGACAGCAUGGCUGAUGACCUCCUGGUUGCCGCUGACAAGUACGCCCUAGAACGGUUAAAGGUCAUGUGUGAGGAGGCCCUAUGGUCGAAUCUGUCUGUUGAUACAGCUGCGCACGUGCUCAGUCUGGCUGACAUGCACUGUGCGGACAAGCUCAAAGCACGUGCCAUUGAUUUCAUCAACGCCAGACAUGCCACGCGUGUUGCAGAGACUAUGGGCUGGAAGAACAUUAUCCACCGGCAGCCGCACUUGGUCGCAGAGGCCUUCCAGGCGCUGGCCACCCAGCAGGUCCCGCCCAUAGAGCCACCCCACAAGCGCUUCAAGCAGUCCUAGGCACAAACUACAGAAACUGUUGCGUGUGCUGGAGCAAAAUGCUAUUUAGCAUUCUUACUGACUUUUUUUUUUCGCACAGGCCCAUUUGAUAGCCUGGUCGUCGUAAGGACCCACAUGGUCACCUUGUAAACUGUCUUGGAAGGGGGGUGGGGGUGAUAUAAAAUUCUUCUUCUUCUCAA